AUGGGUAGACGUUUUAUGUCUAAGGAAAAAGAAAAUACCAAUUUAGUAAUUGAUCCUCAACAACAAAAUGAAGAAGAGGUUCUCAGGCAACAAGACUUACUGGUUUUGCGACGUGUGCGUGCUAGAAUGCAACGCACCCAAAGAAACAUCGCGAAAUUGAAUGAUAAUUUACGUUUCUUGAGGAGAUGCGCUAUAAGUUGCCUGGACAUUGUUGAUAAUGCAGUCGACAUUAUAGAGCAAGAAAGGGACGAUAAUAGACGAAUGUUACAACUGGUUGAACAAGACGAUCCCACUUCGUUGUCAUCCAGAAGACAUACUGUAAAUCCAAUGAUAGCUGGUUACACUCUGAAGAGAGCUACUAUUUCCUUGCAACGUUUGGCACCGAUGCGUCCGUUGCAAAACCAUCAACUACGACAAUCAACUGCGCAAAUUCGUAGUAUGUUGCAAGGAUCUGACAGUGAAGACGACUCUCGCGAUGGCCCGAGAAUGAAUUCAGUAGUAUCUGAUACUGAGCUGUUGUCAUCAGGUGAAGAAGAGUCUAUUUCGAGCACACAUUCAGUUUAA